CGAGCCCUUCCGGCCUGGCGCGGCCUAGUCCCGCGGAGAAGCGCCGCGCCGCUGCCCGGGGAUGCUCCUGCUGGCCCUGGGCGACCCCGGGAUGGAGCCGGCCCGGCCCGCGCUGGUCAUCCGCAUCCGCAUCCCGGACGGCGGCGGCGCCGUGGACUGGACCGUGCACCCCGCGCCGCAGCUGCUCUUCCGGGACGUGCUGGAUGUAAUCAGUCAGGUUCUUCCUGAUGCAACAACAACAGCUUUUGAAUAUGAAGAUGAGGAUGGCGAUCGGAUUACUGUUCGGAGUGAUGAAGAAAUGAAAGCCAUGUUGUCCUAUUAUUACACGACUGUAAUGGAGCAGCAGGGAAACGGGCAGCUGAUCGUGCCUCUGCAGAUCUACCCAAGAGCUUGCAAGCCUCCUGGGAAACGGAACAUACAUGGCCUGAAGGUAAAUACCCGAGCAGGGUCUGCUAACAAUAGCAGCGCAGCCAUCCCAGACUCCCUUCCAAGCCAUAGUUUGAAGAAGUCUUCCGCUGAACUGAAGAAAAUAUUAGCAAAUGGCCAGAUGAAUGAACACGACAUACGGUGCCGAGACAUCCUUGGUCAUGGCAAUGGAGGAACCGUUUACAAAGCAAACCAUGUCCCCAGUGGGAAAAUACUAGCCGUCAAGGUGAUUGCUUUAGAUAUUACACUAGAACUUCAGAAACAGAUUAUGUCUGAAUUAGAAAUCCUUUAUAAGUGUGAUUCAUCCUACAUCAUAGGAUUUUAUGGUGCUUUUUUUGUAGAAAACAGGAUUUCCCUUUGUACUGAAUUUAUGGAUGGGGGCUCUUUAGAUGUCUACCGAAAAAUUCCAGAACACGUAUUGGGAAGAAUAGCUGUAGCUGUUGUUAAAGGCCUUACUUAUUUAUGGAGCUUAAAAAUUUUACAUAGAGACGUGAAGCCCUCCAAUAUGUUGGUCAACACGAGAGGCCAGGUCAAGUUAUGUGACUUUGGAGUGAGUACCCAGCUGGUGAAUUCCAUAGCAAAGACGUACGUCGGGACAAAUGCAUAUAUGGCACCAGAACGAAUUUCCGGAGAACAGUACGGCAUUCAUUCUGACGUUUGGAGUCUGGGAAUUUCCUUCAUGGAGGUAGGUACCUUGCCUGUUCUGACUGUUGUUAUUCAGAAAAACCAGGGAUCUUUAAUGCCUCUCCAGUUACUCCAGUGCAUUGUUGAUGAGGAAUCUCCCGUCCUUCCGGUUGGGGAGUUCUCGGAGCCGUUUGUACACUUCAUCACUCAAUGUAUGAGAAAGCAACCGAAGGAACGGCCAGCACCUGAAGAAUUAAUGGGCCACCUCUUUGUUGUCCAGUACAAUGAUGGGAACGCCGAAGUUGUCUCCAUGUGGGUGUGCCGGACACUGGAGGAGAGGCGUUUGCAGCAGCAGGGAUCCCAGUGAGGGGAAGAGGUGUGCCCUCUCCCCAGCGGGACUGGAGCCAGACUGACUUGAAGAGGUCGAUGGGGAUUGCACUUCAACAGCUGAGCCUGUCAGGAUAGACGCCGGUUCUCUUUCUUCAGUAAGCUCAACAAAGCCAUCCUUUGCCACCCGUCUCACUGCCUCUCGCAUCCUUUAGACAAUAUGAACAUAUAUUUUAUUAAACUGAACGUAUAUAUGUUGGCCUCCAAGUAUUUUAUACACUUUGGGGUCUUUGCUAGCUUAACGUAAGUACAUGAGCAGAAUGGAGGUAGCAGUCCUGUGGACUCAAUCAUGUGCCUGCUUUGGAUUUGAAUUUGAAAUUGAAAUUGAAGUACUAGAUGAUGGACCAGCCAAAGAAAAUGGAUAAAGAUGAAAGAAUAAAAAAGCAUUAAGCAGUG